AGCCGUUUUGGCUCGAGAUCAAGUUUGUGGCAAGCUACGGUUUUCCGCGUUGGUAGCGAGCGACAGAGGGCGAACCAACAUGGCUGUUGGCAAGAACAAGCGCCUCACCAAGGGAGGAAGGAAGGGCGGCAAGAAGAAGGCGGGCGACCCGUUCCUGAAGAAGGAGUGGUACGACAUCAAGGCGCCCAGCGUCUUCACCGUCCGCAACUGCGGCAAGACCUUGGUCACGCGCACGCAGGGCACCAAGAUCGCCACCGAGGAGCUGAAGGGACGCGUGCUGGAGCUCAACCUGGCGGACCUGAACAAUGACGAGGACCAGGCCUACAAGAAGGUCAAGCUCUGCAUCGAGGAGGUGCAGGGCCGCAACUGCCUCACGGACUUCCACGCGCUGGAGCUUACGCGCGACAAGCAGCAGUCCCUGAUCCGCAAGUGGCACACACUGAUCGAGGCCCACGUGGACGUAAAGACCACGGACGGGUACCUCGUGCGCCUCUUCUGCCUCGCGUUCACCAAGAAGCAGCCGGGGCAGGAGAAGAACAACUGCUACGCGCAGACGGCCCAGAUCCGCAAGAUUCGUAAGAAGAUGACGGACAUCAUGACUGGCGAGGUCAACAAGGUGCAGCUCCGGGACCUUGUGAAGAAGCUCAUCCCCGAGUCCAUCGGCAAGCAGAUAGAAAAGGAGACGCAGGGCAUAUUUCCCCUGAAGGAUGUCCACAUUAAGAAGGUUAAGAUUCUCAAGAAGCCCAAAUUCGAUAUUACCAAGCUCAUGGAGAUGCACACUGGUGGUGAUGACGCGGGCGUUGAGAUGCUCCGGCCAGAGGAAGACGAGGCGAAGAACCUCUUGACCGCCAGCGUGGAGAAGGCCGACGAGGACGACGAGUGAGCAGAGCUCCUUACUCCUGCUUCUCCCUCAUCCCUCCUCCGAACACUUCUCCUCAACUUUCGGCUUCUCCUUGGCCUGGUCGGAUCGGCCGUGUUGCCUUACCGCAAUGAUCGCGAUCGCCACCACACCUGCGUCCACGGUCACAAAUAGAAGGCCGUCCUUCAUGUGAGCGCAAUAGAAGCACUUGAU